GCUUCUCUCUCCGGGGGGCGGCGGCGGGGGUCUCUGUGCUUGGCCCGCCCCCCCUCCCCCGCAAGUUUCCGAGGAAGAGGAGGAAGACAGCAGCCCUGGAGUGUCCUUCUCACUCUCUUCAGAGGAGUCGGAGAUGGAGCCUGAGGAAGAAAGGAUCCGUUACAGCCAAAGACUGCGUGGCACAAUGAGGCGACGUUACGAGGAUGAUGGCAUCUCCGAUGAUGAAAUUGAAGGGAAGAGGACGUUUGACCUUGAGGAAAAGCUCUCCACCAACAAGUUUAACUCCACCUUCGUGGUGUUCAUGGAAGGCAAAGACUUCACAGUUGAAUAUAUCCAGCGGGGUGGCCUCAGAGACCCUCUCAUUUUCAGGAGCUCCGAUGGCCUGGGGAUAAAGAUGCCAGAUCCGGACUUCAGCGUGAACGAUGUGCGACUGUGUGUCGGGAGUCGGCGGAUGGUGGAUGUCAUGGAUGUGAACACGCAGAGGGACAUAGAGAUGUCCAUGGCACAGUGGGCACGCUACUAUGAAACGCCUGAGGCUGAGCGGGAGAAACUCUACAAUGUCAUCAGCCUGGAAUUCAGUCACACCAAACUGGAGAAUCUGGUGCAGAGACCUGCUACGGUAGAUUUGAUUGACUGGGUUGACAAUAUGUGGCCCAGGCACCUCAAGGAGAGUCAGACAGAGUCUACAAAUGCUAUCCUGGAGAUGCAAUAUCCCAAGGUGCAGAAAUACUGUCUGAUGAGCGUCAAGGGCUGCUACACAGAUUUCCAUGUGGACUUCGGUGGCACUUCUGUGUGGUAUCAUAUCCACCGAGGGGGAAAGAUCUUCUGGCUGAUCCCUCCUACGCCCCAGAACCUGGAACUCUAUGAAAACUGGCUUCUCUCAGGGAAGCAGGGAGACAUCUUUCUUGGGGACAGAGUGUCAGAGUGCCAGCGAAUUGAGCUCAAGCAGGGCUACACAUUUGUCAUCCCCUCAGGUUGGAUCCAUGCUGUGUACACUCCCAUGGACACACUGGUUUUCGGAGGCAACUUCUUGCACAGCUUCAACAUCCCCAUGCAGCUCCGGAUCUACAGCAUUGAAGACCGCACACGGGUACCAAAUAAAUUUCGUUAUCCCUUCUAUUAUGAGAUGUGUUGGUAUGUGCUGGAGCGCUAUGUCUACUGCAUCACCAGCCGCUCGCAUCUGACCAAGGACUUCCAGAAGGAAUCGCUCAGUAUGGAUAUGGAGCUGAGCUCUUCAGACUCAGUAAACAUGGAGGAAGAGGAGGAGGAGGAAGAGGAGGAGGAAGAUGCAUCAGGGAAGGAACCCAGGCGACCAGUCACAAGACGGUCUGUUCUUACCAGCCCCAUAGCCAAUGGUGCCAGUGUGGACUAUGAUGAACUGGGCAGGAGCUGCCGGAGCAGUUUGGUGGGUCUGAAGAAGACCCCAUCUAUAGACUCUUCUGACUCCAGCCGGGGUUCCCAAAAUGGCCAGACCUGGGACCCACAUGGUGGCAGCCCAAACAAAAGCAGGAAGGUUCACCUGACGCAGUUCGAGCUGGAGGGGCUGCGCUGCCUCGUGGACAAACUGGAGUCGCUCCCUCUGCACAAGAAAUGCGUCCCCACUGGCAUUGAGGAUGAGGAUGCCCUCAUCGCUGAUGUCAAGCUGCUCCUAGAAGAAUACGCGAACAGCGAUCCCAAACUGGCACUUACAGGCAUCCCUAUCGUCCAGUGGCCCAAGAGAGAUAAGCUAAAGCUCCAGGCCCGGCUGAGGGUCCGCCUGCCCGCCAUACCCAUCACCAAGCCUCACACCAUGAAGCCAACCCCCCGCCCAACACCUGUCAGGCCCACCGUCUCUCCCAUCGUGUCAGGAGCCAGACGGAGGCGGGUGAGGUGCCGGAAAUGCAAGGCUUGCAUGCAGGGCGAGUGUGGCAUGUGCCACUAUUGCAGGGACAUGAAGAAGUUUGGUGGGCCUGGUCGCAUGAAGCAGUCCUGCGUCCUCCGACAGUGCUUAGCGCCUAGGCUGCCUCACUCGGUCACUUGUGCACUUUGUGGGGAGGUAGAUCAGAAUGAAGACUCACAGGACUUCGAGAAGAAGCUCAUGGAGUGCUGCAUCUGCAAUGAAAUUGUUCACCCUGGUUGUCUGCAGAUGGAUGGGGAAGGUCUGCUCAACGAUGAGCUUCCCAACUGCUGGGAGUGUCCUAAAUGCUACCAGGGUGAUGACACUGAGAAGGGCCAGAGAGCCCAUCAGCAAGCCAAAGCCAGGCUCCUGCAGAAGCAGCAAGGGCACCUGGGUCCCUCUGCCAGGCAGCAAGCAGACUAUGUGCAGCAACAGCUGACUGGGAGACCAGCCUAUGGCUACCAUGUCAUCUGUAGGACCGUGACUGCUGUUGUGGAUGGAAAUGUGGCAGCUAAGAAGCGGAAGGUGGAAGAGAGCGAUGAUGACACAGCACAAGCCAAGGUGCUGCGGCCCCUACGGAGUUGUGAGGAGCCUCUGACCCCACCACCCAACUCACCCACUCCCAUGCUGCAGCUGAUCCACGACCCUGCAUCACCACGAGGCAUGGUGACACGCUCAUCCCCAGGAGCCGGCCCAAGUGACCACCACAGUGCCAGCAGGGAUGAGCGCUUCAAGCGACGGCAGCUGCUCCGGCUCCAGGCUACUGAGCGAACCAUGGUGCGGGAGAAAGAGAAUAAUCCCAGUGGCAAGAAGGAGCUGUCAGAGGUGGAGAAGGCCAAGCUGCAUGGCUCCUACCUCACCGUGACACUGCAGCGCCCCACCAAAGACAUCCAUGGCACUUCCAUUGUCCCUAAGCUGCAAGCUAUCACAGCCUCCUCCACCAACCUACAGCAUUCUCCACGCGUGGUCGUGCGCCACACACCCGCCAGGAUGCCCCAGCGGGGUGGGGGGGAUGAGGAGGCAGCUGAAGAGGAGGAUGAGGAGGAAGAAGAGGAGGAUGACGAGAAUGCGGAGGAGGGGGGGGCAGCCCGGCUCAAUGGCAGAGGGGGCCGAGCACAGGAGGGCGAGGAAAGCUGGAUGCAGCGUGAGGUGUGGAUGUCCGUCUUCCGCUAUCUCACUCGCAGGGAGCUCUGCGAGUGCAUGCGGGUGUGCAAGACCUGGUACAAAUGGUGCUGUGACAAGAGAUUGUGGACAAAGAUAGAUUUAAGCAGGUGCAAGUCCAUCACCCCCCAGGCACUGAGUGGCAUCAUCAAAAGACAGCCGGUCAGCCUCGACCUCAGCUGGACCAAUAUUUCCAAAAAACAGCUCACGUGGCUUGUCAACAGGCUGCCAGGCCUGAAAGACCUCAUCUUAGCAGGCUGUUCCUGGUCUGCGGUCUGUGCUCUCAGUACCUCCAGCUGCCCCCUUCUCAGGACCCUCGAUCUUCGGUGGGCGGUAGGAAUCAAGGACCCUCAGAUCCGGGACUUGCUCACACCUCCAACAGACAAACCCAGUCAGGACAAUCGCAGCAAACUCCGCAACAUGAUCGACUUUCGGCUAGCUGGCCUGGACAUCACUGAUGCCACACUGCGGCUCAUCAUCCGCCAUAUGCCCCUGCUCUCCCGCCUUGACCUCAGCCACUGCAACCACCUUACGGACCAGUCAGCCAACCUCCUAACAGCUGUGGGCUCUUCUACACGCAACUCCCUCACUGAGCUCAACAUGGCAGGCUGCAAUAAGCUGACAGACCAGGCCCUGCUGUACCUGCGACGUAUCUCCAAUGUCACUCUAAUCGACCUGCGAGGUUGCAAACAGAUCACCCGCAAAGCCUGUGAGCACUUCAUCUCGGACCUGUCCAUCAAUAGCCUCUACUGCCUAUCUGACGAGAAGCUGAUCCAAAAAAUCAGCUAGAGACCCCCUUUCCAGGCAGACUGAGGAGAAGGAAAAGAGCCCAUCCUACCCCUCUCGGAGAGCCACUCCUCCGCAUCCCCAUCCUGCCCUCUGUGUCCUGCUGCUGCCUCCUACACAACUCGGCAGGCAGGGCCACUGCUGGUCUCACUCCACCAUCCUUCUUCCUCCUCCCCCUGGGACUUCUGCCAAUGAAGAUAUGCCACCAGGCUGGCCAGUACCAGAGGAGGAACAGGCCAGUGGCAAGAAGCCCCAUCUUGGAGGCUGGCCGCUCUUAAGGCGGAGGUUGUAAUGGAGGUCUCCGUGCAGAGAAGUGGGGCACCCUCUUCCCCCUGCUUUUCCCUUCCCUCCCAUCUCUUCCUUGCCUUGAAACACUUGUCACUUCCCUGUUAGCACAAGCUUGAGGGUGAAAUCUCUCCAAGGAAGAAGGAGCAGAGCUGGAACAAAUCCUUCAUGCAACUACCAGCUUGUUGCUUGCCCUGCUCUGUCAGUCCUCUGUCCCCUCCCCCAUGAUUUUCCUCAUCUGGCUGUAGGGGCUAUGAUCGAACCCACUCCUUCUCCCACUGCUCUUGUGCACCGGGGCAGCUCUUUCAGUGUUUAGGGCAGGAGCCUCACAGCCAGCAUAACACAAGUUCUCCUGGCCCUACAGCUGGCACAAAUGGGGUAGGAGCAGGGCAGCUUUGUGGCAUGUUUUUCCCCUGGCUGGGGAGACGAGGCUGGGGGACACUGCGCUUCAACUCUGGGGCAAUGUCAGCCUUGGAGCAUCGCAUGUCCUAAUGCAGCCCUGUGGCAAUGGCCAGGGCUGGGCACCGAAAGGGAGCAGGGGAGAUACCACAGGUACAUCAGAGCUCAGGGAGGACUUGGAAAGCAUCUGCUGGGGGGUGAGUGAGCAAGUGGGGGGACAGGAGUUGCCUCCCCUUCCUUCCCAGCUCCCUGCACAUGGCCUAGCAUUGUGAAGCACUCUGGGGCUGCAGUGGCCAGAAGGGCAAAGGCAGCUCUGUCUCUGCCCAGGGCUCUUUGACCUGGGAGCCAAACUGCUAUAAAUGCCCCAUCUCACUGUCCUCUCCUUCCCCUACCCCCUUUUAGCUGCCGUUUUUUCCUUUGCAAUGAAUGGUCGGUCCAAAGAACCUCUCUCUAGGGCAGCAGAGAGCUUUUUGCACUUUAAAAAAAACACACACAAAAAAACAAAAAAAAAAAAAUCAAAAAAUCAAAAGAGGCAAGAAAAGAAAAAAGGUUGGAAUCUUCUUUUGGGUCACUAUUUUAUUUCCCUCCCUGUUCUGCCUGUGACCAGAUGCUCCCUGUCUCUUCCCCAGUGUCUGAGCGCUUGGCAGCAACUGCACACCAUGCUCUUGGCCUGCCCAGCCCAGCCUGGCCUGCCCUCCCCAUUCACCUUGCAAUGCAUACAGAUAGCACAAACCAGCACACCAUGUGCCACUGGUUCCUAAGCCCCAGAGAAAGGACCACUGAAGGGCCAGGAAGCCUCUGUGGAGGCAAGCCCAUGUGUCAUCUUACUGCUUCAAAAGCAAUAAGGGAGGAGAGAGUGGCUGCAGCCCCCUCUGGCUCUGCCAAGGGCUCCAGCACAGGAUUUAUGCCCAGGUAUUGGGCAAGAUGCCUUUGCUCUCCCGUGUCGAGGGGUUGGUCUGCACUUUCUCCCCUCCCCAGCAAGAGCCUGCUCCAGCACUGCGAGGUGGAGAAGGGAAAUGCAAGUGUGAUGAUUUCCUCAGUGCCUCGGUACACGGGAGUUUUGCUGCAAUGAAUCUGGAGGGCUUUGAGCAGAAAAUUACCUACGAGACUAAGAGCGAGAAUGCCAGCCCCUCUGCUCAUGGCUGGGCAGUGGAAGCUUUCUGCCUCUGUCUCUCUGGUUGGUGGCUCCUGUGAAAGACAGCAGAAAAAUCAGAGUUUUGGUGGUUUGGUUUGGUUUGGUUUUCUUUUUUUUUCCUUUGAUUUGAUUUGAGUUUCAUGACAAGAAACAAAAAAGCUUAGGGUAAAGCUUAGCAGGAGCUGAGAAGGAAGCUGGCCUUGGGGCCUGUGCUGGCCUUAGGGCCUCUGCCAGCCCUGGGGCUUUCCAGGCUGGGCAGGCAUCAGGGGCUUCUUCCAUCAGGAAAGUGAGCAUCUCUGUGCUUACACACGUUUGGCGCCAAGCGAAAGCAGCCCCUCGCUCCAGGGUGGCACAGUGAGGCAGGCGAGCCGAGCUGAGCUGUGGAGGGAUGAGGCAACCGGAGUGGCAAGCCUUCAGCUGGCUUCCAGCCAUCCUCUGCAGGGCCCCCCCUCAUCUGGGGUUUCAGAGACGUGAAAUCAAGGUGUGACCCUUGUUACCACCUAACCGGUCACCCCAGCCCCCUUGGUGGGUGAGGGGUGAAAAUUCACAAGGAAAGAAGAAAAAAAAAAGGUAUAUAUGUGUAUAUAUAUAUAUACAUAUAUAUAUAUAAAUAUAAAAAUCACUUAGUGAUUUAAAAAAACCCAGUCUGUUCCCUAUAGACAACUCCUGCAAGAGAAGUCACUAUUGUUUAAGGAUUUGGUUGUGUUUUUGUUUUGUUUCAAUUCCCCCUACCCCCCCCCCCCAAGAAAUACUGUAAAUAUAUAUUUUUUGUUGGCGAUUUAGAGUCCAUCUCUGAUGUUUGUGCUUUAAAAUUAAAUGUAAGCAUUAAGGGUAAAAGCAAACCAAGUCUUACGCUCUCUCAGUCAGUAUGGUUUGGGUUGGGGGUUAUUUUUGUCUGGGGGCAGAGGGAGGGGAGCUAGGUGGCAUUUUGUUUUGUUUUUUCUUUUUUUCUUUUUUAAGCAUUCUCCAAUACUGGUUUUAGAGAGGAUCUUUACUUAUAUUACCACAGGGAUGGAAGAGAUAUUGUUGGGAGGGGGAAGAUACCAGCCUCUGAAGGGAAAUAUUUUGUUUCUUGGGGGUGGAUUUUUGGAAUAAAAAUUUAAAGAAAAACAAAA